CGUGGCCCGGGGUGGGCGCUGGACCAGCCCGACCGACGCCCACCCGGUUCCCUGCCGGGUGCCUACUGGCCUCGUGUCUGACUGGUCUGCAGCCCCGAGUCCUUGCCGGCUCCUCCACUCCCCGCCCCCGGCUCCAGCCUUCUCCCGUCUGGGCCGGUCCCCGGCUUCCAUAUCCCACCCUGAGCGGGUACUCGUUCCCCGCCUGCUGUCCUCCAAGGGUCCCUGUCUGAGCCCCGGCCCCAUGGCUCUGCAGGCUUUGCAGAGCUCGGGGGUGGCCUUUCGCAAGAUCCUGUCUCACUUCCCCGAGGAGCUGAGCCUGGCUUUCGCGUACGGCUCGGGGGUGUACCGCCAGGCGGGGCCCAGCUCAGACCAGAAGAAUGCCAUGCUGGACUUCGUGUUCACUGUCGAUGACCCUGUUGCAUGGCAUUCAAAAAACCUGAAGAAAAAUUGGAACCAUUACUCUUUCCUAAAAGUUUUGGGGCCCAGGUUUAUCACCACUGUCCAGAAUAACUACGGCGCCGGGGUUUACUACAACCCAUUGAUCAUGUGUGAUGGGAGGCUUAUCAAAUAUGGCAUCAUUAGCACUAGUGUUUUGAUUGAAGAUCUCCUCAACUGGAAUAACUUAUACAUUGCUGGACGACUCCAAAAACCGGUGAAAAUCGUAGCAAUGAAUGAGAAUGUCACUCUCAGGUCAGCCCUGGAUAAAAAUCUGAAGAGUGCUGUGACCGCUGCUUUCCUCAUGCUCCCCGAAAGCUUUUCUGAGGAAGACCUGUUUAUAGAGAUUGCAAGACUCUCAUAUUCAGGUGACUUUCGGAUGGUGGUCGGAGAGGAUAAGGCAAAAGUGUUGAAUAUUGUGAAGCCCAACAUAGCCCACUUUCGUGAGCUCUAUGGCAGCAUUCUACAGGAGAAUCCCCAAGUGGUGUAUAAAAUCCAGCAAGGCAGCCUGGAGAUCGAUAAAAGCCCAGAAGGACAGUUCACUCAGCUAAUGACAUUGCCCAAAACCUUACAGCAACAAAUAAAUCAUAUUAUGGACCCUCCUGGAAAAAACAGAGAUGUGGAAGAAACUUUAUUACAAGUGGCUCACGACCCCGACUGUGGAGACGUGGUGCGUCUAGGGCUCUCAGCAAUCGUGAGACCUUCCAGUAUGAGACAGAGCACCAAAGGCAUUUUCACUGCUGGACACUCGCUCUUAGAGCCCAGCCGCCAUGUUGUGAGGAAGCCCAAGCCACACGGAGAGGAUGUAUAACUGCUCUGGCCGACAGCACCAGCCGCCAGACAAGUGAGUGAGUGACCGCGACCAAGCGUGAGACCCCAAGCCGGGACCACCAGUCAAACUCCCAGAACUCUGAGGGGGAAUCACAAAAUGAUUAUUGUUAAAAGUUACUAAGUUUGGGGGAGGCUUGUUAUGCAGCAUUAGAUAAUUGGCCCAAUGCCCCUGCCACUCGGGAGCUGCUAAAGCGGUCCCACCACUGCCCAGAGGCCACAGGGGACCACGAAUGUUGGAGGCAAACCCGGGAACUUCGCUCUUCCCUCACCCUCCGACCUCCUGCCACCGUCUCCAACUGGCAAAACCUGAUAGAAAGUCACCAGGUAAGAAAGCC